AUGAUUUUGUUACUGUUUAUUUGGGCUAAUCUCUUCCAGUCUUCCAAAUCAGCUGAAAUCACUUGUGACUUUCAAAUAUUCGGACAUUUCAUGGGUGAUUCAAUUGGAUGGAAAUACUUUUAUAUUUUCAAUGGGUCACUUCCAAGAGAUGAAGAUAUUGCUAACAUCACGGGCAUUAAUGGAGAACAUUUGGGCAGCAGAAAUAAUGCAGAUGUUGAAGCUAUUCGAUUGACAGAUGAUUGGUUGACGGAAAUACCAUCCUGCUUUGACCACUUUUUUCCAAACAUUCAUUUCUUUUUCAUGAGGGAUAAUCCACUUAAAGCAGUCAAUUCAAAUCAACUACAACAGUUUCCUAAUUUGGAAUAUUUGUGGCUACAUCAAAAUCAAAUCGAAACCAUUGAAGUGAACGCAUUUACUUACACGCCAGCAUUGCGUGCAAUUCGUUUGAGUGGGAAUAAGUUUAAGACGAUCCCAUACAACGCAUUUCAACCUUUGUAUUUGAAAGUUUUGCGAAUGUCGAGAAACAUCUGCAUUAACGAUGCAGCAGAAACGCCUGAAGAUGUGAACAAAUUAAUAGCAAAAAUUUAUAUUUUAUGUUCACCAUUAGGUGAUACCAUUCAAACCUCGAAACAUAUUAAUGAUGAGAUAAUGCCAAAACAAAAUGACUUGGUUAAAGCAAUAACAGAUUUGCAAGUAGAAACUAAAAUUAUGAAUGAUGAAGUUUUAGAAAUGGAAGGAGAUGUGACAGAUUUGCUAUUGAAAGAUCCAAAUUUGGUGGAAAAUCUAGAAAAUUUUAAAAUUGAAAUGGAUAAAGAACACGAGAAUGUUAAUAAAAGAAUAAAUUCUAUGGAAGAAAUAGUCAAUAAAAUUGCAAUACCUCUAAAUAAAGGCAGCAUAACACGAGAUUAUUGUUCUCGAAGGAGUGAAGGCUAA